ACACACACCUUUACGAGCGAGCGCAGUCCAACCACUCAGCCAAGGUCCUGCGGAUCCUCGAGAAGUGGGGGCUGACCGAAGAGUCGGAGGACCGCAUCGCAUGUGUGGCCGGGCUGGACGGGAGGAGCCCGAUGCCAGACGGCGAGGACUAUCCGCUGCUGCGCCCGGUUGUCGAGCUGGAGGGCGGCCGGCACUACCCUCCCUGUAUCAAGGGCGAUGAGAUGAUGUCUCAGUUCAUUCCCGACAUGGCCUUCCUCCUGUGCUGCUCGGUCAACGUCCAGAUCGUCGACUACCAGUGGGUGAAGGCCUAUCUCGAAAAGUGAGGCGGCGAGCAGCUAACGACACAUCUCAUCUCAUGCAUGUUUCUGUGACGGCGGUUGAUGAACGUCCUGCUUGCUGCUUGUCUUGCUUAAAUGUUGGCAGGUAUGUGGCGGGUGUCGAGGAGAAGGCGAUGGCCAGCCUGAGUGUGGCUCGUGAGUCCGACAGGAACGCGCUCACCGACGUUCGCGUCAACAGCUACGGCAUCCAGAACACAAAGAUCGGCGGCGUGCAGGUGCGUGCGCGUCAGGCGCAGGAUCAGGGAGGCCCGGCAGCAGCAGCUGAUGGUGAUAGGCAGCCACCACACGGACCACAGGACGGCACAUCGGCAUCACCUGACAGCGACAGCAAGAAGAAGAGGAGGCGUCGGGACACGCGUCACCGGCAGGCGCUGCGGAUCUCCUAUACCGAGAUGCUGUGGCAGCUGCACGACUUUCCCCAUGUGACCUCUUCGGUCGACUGCAUCCAUAUCACGUCCCUGCCUCCGGAGCUGAGGUGCGGCUGGAAGGCCCUGAAUCUCGGCCUCUCGGUGGACAGCGUUCAGAACGCGCCGCCACAGCCUCACCCGGACAACCCGCAAGGCUUCCGUUCGGGCACGCAGGCGGUGCCAGUAGAGGCGAGGCGGAGGGUUCUUCCCAACGCAUUAUGACGGCAGUUCACAGAGGGUCAGCACAGGGUUAUUUAUGAUCUGUUUGUGACGUGAAAGCCCUUGAACAAGGUCAGCGUCUUCGGCAUCCGCCCGCCAGAGCUCCACUGGAUCGAUUUUAUUGAGGAGUACUUCAAGUGAGUGAGGGAGCGGGAUACACGUUGUGGGUCGGUCAUGUAUGAAUGGAUGGAUGGAUGGAUAGAUGUGAUAGACGGAUGGAUGGAUGGAUGGAUGGGUGUCUUUUUCUGUGUGCGUGGUGCAGGUGGAUGGUGCUUUCGCAGCGUCCGCCGGCUGCGCGUCGCAAUCGGUACGACGUCUCUGAGGACCUCACCGUCACACCUUUGACCGACGGCGGGCUGCAGACCGUGAAGUUUCGGCAGCGGUACUUGACGGAGGCGGUGGAGGCAUGUCGACAGCGCUGUGGCUCAAGUGGCGCGUACGCGUCUCACGCUGCCAUGGUCGGUUUUCUCGAACGUUUGCAGCAAGCGGUGGUCAACAGGCACGACGAGGCCCUAGUGCAGCGGUUCGUAGAGUCGCGACCGAAGCACAAUACCAAAGAGGUGGUCAUUGUGUUCUCCGCCGUCAAGCCGGACAACCCCUACAAGUUCUUCAUUCACCUGCUGUACCGGUUCGGUCGAUUCAUCUGUGAUAUGGACCCUCCACGGUGUCGUCGCUACGUGAGAGCUUUUCGCGUGCGGGGUUGCUGA